AUGCCUGGCAGCCUCGAUCACGUUUCGCUAGUUUGUGCUGGUCGCAAUACCACGGAGCUUCCAGCAUGUCUUUCAGAUGCCUUGGGUGACUCGUAUAGCACCAGAGGGGUCGAUGAGGUCUGGAUCCGGUUCCUGGCCGUUCUCGUAGCGACCAUGGCGUCCUGUGGACAUUUGAUGUCCUUGCAGGGUAGUGUCAACUCUAUUGAAAGUCUGCUGGUUUUGCUCUGCCUUUUUGAAUUCCCAGAGAUGGCGCUGGCCCAGAUCCUAAUCCGAACCAAUAUCGCCGCCAUAAGAGUUUUAUGGAGACGGGAACGCGUACAAGCCCGGUUCUUCAUUGCGGCUUGUCUCGGUAUGCAUGCGUCGUCGGAAACCUCUCCACAACGAGCGGUUCCUUUGGUAUCGCUCCAUCCUGAACAAGUCAAGCGCGUGCCUCACAGGAUUGGCAUCCUUUGGAUUGGCAGACUCGGGCUGUUGCUGGCUUUUCUCGCACAGUACAUCGGAACCGUCUCUAUUUGGAUCAGAGCAGUAUUCCACGUCCAGGACCGAGGCAUCUGGUUCUGGCUCAUUGAUCUACGCACGUUCAGGAUUGCUCUUGGUGGUCUCGCCGCAACCCUCAACAGUACGCUGAUUCUUUUGAUUGGAAGCCAAUGGAAGAUGGCAGUGCCACAUGAUCCGGACCUAAGCUUACGUCCCCUGGAAAGAUCCGACACUUCCUCUACUCUCUGCUCCAAUGAACAGGACGACCUCCUCAAGCUUCCUAUCAAAAUGCUGACGUUAGAGCGGAAUGAACCACGACCAAGCUCGAAUGACAACGUAUCGCGGUAUGCACGAUGUAUGGCUUUGAACAGAUUAUUCACCCAGGCUCUAGACAGUCACUUCCCAGCUUUACGCCAGUCCGAUCUGGAGCUUGGCAUCAUCAUCUAUCGUAUCUGGAUCUACGGGAUCACGGUAUAUAUUCUACGAUACCGGUUCGCUAGCGGUUGUCCGCCUAUACUGCACCUCCUCACCGAAGCAACCUCCACCUUCGACUGGACUCGAGUUUGCCCAGAUCACACAGACAUAUGGGAUGCGACUACAUUUUCCCUGUCGACACGGGAUCGUGACCAUACGCGCUACGGUCGUGCCUUGCAAGUAUCAAACAUCCUGUCCAACAUUGGCGUGGGUCGAAUCUUAGUGCAGUGGACCUUCACCACAGCUGCCCAGCUUUACGAGAAGAUGUGGAAGCCGGUCCCAAAGACGGUACGCUCGUUCGAGCAGUGGUUCUUGAGCGGCCGCUCGGUCAUUUGCUUCCCGCUUCUGGCACUGCUCUCUGCUUCCAGCCCGGUAGCAAUAAUGAUUCUGGUUGAAAACAGGGGCUGGAUCAAGCAUGCGCAGACGGUGCUGCAGAGCCCUGGCAUUGGCGAGACGGAUCGUCUGGCCAUGGGCGUGCUUAUGUGGAAGGAUCCGUGGCAUGAUAGCUUGUACUUGAUCUGA